CCGGUGCUCAAUCUGGCAUCACUGAUCUCUUGCUGUAAUUUUGGUUUCAUGAAUCGCGUCUGUUUCGGGUAGUCGAAUUAUUACGGUAUGGCUGAUGUGGGUCUAAGUUUAGAUGACAUAAUUAAAAAAUCGCAAUCGCCAGGAAUGAGAAGCAAAGGUGGAGGUGUUCGUAAACGAAUUAAUAGGGGAGCACGUGCUAAUGGUUCUUUAAGGGGACGCGGUGGUACGCAAGUAAUUACCGAUGCAAGAUUUAAAAUUAUACAAAAAAAUAGAGAGAAACUUACGGAUGCAAGAGACAAACUAGCUGAAAUUGCAAAGCAAAGCGAUGCUAGAUUAAAAUUAGACAAGAUACGUGCGUCCCAAUUGAAAAAAGUAGAAUCACAGUUGCCUGGAAUUUCUCGAAAAACUGGUCGCAAUGGAAGGUUGUCUUUAUCGACUAAUAAAAUGCCACCGAUAAUACCGCAUUCUAUACCUCCUAAUAUUCCAAACAACUAUAUGCCUCCGUCAACAAGAGCAGUAGGUUAUAGGCCUCCGCUGCUUACAGAACCUCAUUAUAUGGGAGACAUGAACGUGGAUUACAAUGAUGAUUAUUUAAUGGAAACAGCACCUUUAAGACGAACCGUGAGUAAUGAAUAUGCACCUACACCACCACCACCGCCUCCUGUGUUCAGUAUUAAGCCUUCUGCAUCUCCUUACACAUGGGUAAAACCAGCAAAUACUAACAUAACAAGAAUUGUACCUUCUCGGAAACCGGACGUAGACAGAGAGCGGGAUAGAGCAAGGGACUAUAAAGUUAUCGCGCGUUCCACGAUGACAAAACCCGCCUCCCCAUUGUACAAAGAAGAUUGGAGUUUUGGCACAAAAUCACGUACUAUAUUAGCAGAAGAUCCAAUAGAAUCAAAGUAUUACGAUUCGAGAAGUCAUAGAGACGUGGGUGUAAAAUCAAGAUUAGAUUCGAUACCAACUAAAUCACGAACCAUGAGUGUUUUAUCCCGCUCGAAAACGAGCUCUAGUUCGUUAUCUCCGUCAACUGGUUAUAGAAUCGUAGUGUCAAAUUUACAAGCAAAUGUUACUCAAGAAGAUAUUAAGGAAUUGUUCGAGGAUGUUGGGGAAUUAUUAGUGUCCAGAUUAGUACGGCCGGGCACCGCGGAAGUAAUUUAUAAAACACUAAAGGAUGCUACUAAAGCUGUUGAAACUUAUCAUAAUAGGCAGUUAGAUGGACAUCCGAUGAAAUGUCUUCUCGUAAAUCCGCGACCAAAAAAUAAUCCAACAGGUCCCGCUGUUAGGUCUCUUACAGAAACUAGAAGAAGCGUAAGUUCAAGUUACGUACAACCGAGUUUAGAAGCCGUGCAUCGCGCAUUGUUCGACGAUUCUUAAGUAAAUAUAUCACUUUUAAUCAGAAAAUGCCAUGUAUAAUGGUAACGAAUUUUAUUCCAAAUAUGUCUAAAACGGAAUAAAAGUGGGGAAUAGGGAUGGAAUGAAGAAUAUAAAAAAAUCGUAACUUGUAGAAAGGGGAAUUCUAAGUGGAAUUUCUAUUAAUGAAACAUCACUUAGUUUACUUUUACUUUGUAUAAAACAAGUAUGACUUCGACAAUUAUCGAGAAGAAUACGAUAGCAAUGAAUUUAAUUUGUAAACAACAGAUACAAGAUGCUUCUUGUACAUUUAUUACACUCAAAUAAAACAAAGCAUUUAGGAAUU